GUCUCCCUCAUCAGCGAAGUGUUCCCUGGUCUUGUUAUUCGGGGCCCGGCCUCCCCCAGGCAACAGUCGAAGAUUCGCCGACCCUGUGUAGCCAUGGCCUCUAAAGAGGCCAAGUGUCCGGUGGCCCGUGAGGGGACGGCCUUAGGGCAGGCUUGUGUCACACAGUGUCCAGUGUCAGAUCAGUGCCUGCUCCCAGUGCAAGAGACUCGCAGGAUGCAGGAUGAAGACAAGUUUCUGACACGACACUGCUCAGCGUCAGAGCACCAAGAAGAGGGGCUCAAGCAUGAGGAGACAGGACUAGAAGCAGAGGCAGAGGCAGAGGCAGGCGAAGAGAAGGGCCCCAGGCCUGUGGGCUAUAUUGAGAGGCCCAGUCACGGGCUGAAGAAACAGCCAGUCAAAUCCGUCAUCCUCCCAGGACCUAGCCACCAUGCUCAUCCUAGGACUGAAGCUGAAUUGCCACCAGGGACACUGCUGUUGAAGAGAGAGGAGCCAGAGGGCACUCAGAGUGAGCCCUCACCGUCUGCCAAACAGACCAAAAAAGCCAAGAAACGCAAGAGUCUUGGGGCUCCUGUGCUCCCGGCUGUGGCCAGCACAAUGUGUGCACCCUCAGAGAUGCUGGAGCGAAAGGCCCAGCGCCUGCGGCCACUGUACCAGUACAUCAACUAUUGCAACCCUGAGCUGAACCAGGCAGAGGAGGGGGACGGGGAGGUCAAGGUGGACCCUAAAUUGGAGCUGCCCCUGGUUCCAGAGGAGGUGGGUGUGAAGCACCUUCCGGCCUUGCUGCCCAUGGCAGUUGAGGUGGGUUCAGGCCUUGGUUUGCCUUGUCCUAGUGCAUUAGUGCCACCCACCCCUGCUCUCGCUCCCCUCGGUGAGCAGGCUAGAAUGGAGGCUGAGGGUUUGCCCAUCUUGGGGGUGAGUGGCUGCUUCAAGGCCGAAGUAGACAAGUCAACACAGGUAGAUAUUGACAAGAUGCUGAGUGUCUGUGCUGCUCCUCUUGUGCCCCCACUAUCCCCCCAGUACAAGUAACUGUCACUCCCUGGAGGUUCCCCUCCUUCCAGACCUGAACCGAGCCUCAGUCUGUCAGUCUAGACCAUCAUGUGGAGAAGAGAAUUCAGCCUCUCUCCCCACUUGCGAACAUGGGCUUGCAGAAAAUAAACAUAUUUUCUUUUUUAAGACUUUGUUUCCCCAAUAGGAUGCUUGAAUUAGGAAAAAGGAUGGGAAGAAGGAUGAAAGUUUGAAACCUACCCAGUCAUGUGGCUUGCCAGGGACCUUGAGAAACAGAUCUGAGUUAGGAAUGGAGGUAGGUUGCAGGGCCUGGUUCUAUCAACUUAAGUCUUCACCAGGUGAAUCUGAGUCAGUGAGGCUCGCCAUGGGAGAUAAAGAGGGAGGUGAGUAGGGAGGACUUGGGGCAGAAAAAAAAGAAAGGUCCUGGGAAACAGGUGUUUGGCCCUGCUCUUUGUCUUUCACAGAAGGGCUUGCAUUAAUCCUGACCUCAAGGGACUAACACUUGGGAUCUCCUCUGCAGUAGCAUAAUUCAACUGUUC